CAAGCAAACAUAACAUUCCGGUUCAACGUCAGCUCGAGCCAUGUCGCCUCACCAUCGAAUCAACCUGCUCAAACUGAUUGACCUCGCCAUCGGAAGCCCCAAGCCCGGCUCGGUCAACUUCAAUCUGCUGCACAAAGUGCUGUACGUUCUGGCAGUCCGGGGUGGCCCGGCCGAACAUGACGAAAUCGAACUCGGCCACGUCGGGGACAGCACUCCGCUGAUGGGAGGAACCCUCCCGGACGCGGAAGAUGGCCGAACCCGGCUGAUGGUACAGCGGAUCUCCGGCGGGGCGGAUGAUCAAACGCUCAAGAUAACCGGAUCGCGCAUUGUAGUCCCGUGGGAGCAGCAGCAGCGUAAGCAUCAGCGGUUGGACAGCAGCUUGGUCGUUGGGGAAGAUGAAGCGGAAGAAGCGCUCAAGUCCCAGCUGAGUGCCAUGUCUUCGGUGGUUCUGGAGCUGGGGGAGCGAGUUCAGGAAAUGUCGCAGAAGCCGGAUGAGAGCGUUGAGAGGUUGAGGGAGCGAAUUGAUGCUUUGGAGGGAUUGGUGGAGUUACAGAUGAAGGAAAUUACGAAGCUGCAAGAGGGAACUAGCUCUGGUGCAGCUGAACACAUUGAGUGCGAUUUCACUAGGCAAAAAAGUGGACUUUGGAAAGCAAUUGAUGCUCUGCAGAAUAAAAUUCAAAACUUCAAUCUAGAUGAAACAAGAAAUGAUACCGGUAACAUUCAACAGAAUGAAAGUUCAGAGUUGAACGUUGCAGGAGAAAAUCAAGGACCUGUUCCAAACUCGAUGAACUGGUCACUGGACAGCAGCAUGCAAUACUAUGAAGAACUAGUCGCGAAGCAAAAUCGUUUUGAGCAAUCGUUGGAAUCGCUUGCACUGGAGAAUGACACAUGCUACAAGGACCUCCUCGUCAAACUGGAGUCAUGCAAUGAUCGACUAAAAUCCAUGGAGGACUCAACCACCGCUAAACUAGAACAACUGGAGCGAUCCAUUGAACGGCUGUUCCAACAAAAGGCUGACGAUGUCGAGAUUGAGUCUCGCGUCCGCAUGUCCAUCCACCAAGCACGUCCCAGUAUCCUUGCAGCUCCAAGAAACGUUGACAUCGUAGGAUUGCAUCAAACAAACCCGCAGUUUGAAGAACAAAUGAUGAUCCUGGCGGAGCAAAUCAAGUCCACCCAAAACGACCUGUACGAUCUCCGCGAAAGUUUGAACGGAAAGGCCAGCACCGAGUACAUGAUCACGCUGGAGUCCGCCCUGACCGACCAGGUGAAACAACUGCAGCGUGAAAUAAAGACCAUGACGACUAAGAGAGCGGCUUUCGGAAGUGGUGCCGAGGAUCGCGGAGCAGCAGGAACAAAAUCAAAGAUGCUGCAGGACGUGGGUUGUAUUUCCUGCGAUCGGGAGGUGGCGAUGCGAACCUGUGAAGAAGUGGUUCCGCAGCCGGCGAUUUUGCAGAUUAAUCGCACUGUUAAGGCGAAUCUUCGAUAUCAGUUGAGCGAAAUAAGGAAAGGGUUGGAACUGCAUCCGGGAAGUGCGUCUAGCAAUCUUCAGCCGGUGGAUAAAAUGUAUCGGUCGAUUGCUCAGGGAAGGAAAUUACACCGCGGCAAGUGAUUGUAAAAAACUGACAUUAUUAUCCAGAAUAAAUCAA